UUUUGGUUGGAUGUUGUGUGUAAAUGUGGGAGCAAGUCAUUCCUUUUGCUGGAGCUGGAGAGACUACUUUAAAGCCACGGGCACACUCGCGAGCAAGCACAAGCACGCUUGCCCACUUCUUCUCCACUUCACACUCCGCCGCUUGCUCUUCACCUAGCUGCUUGUAGCCUCCAUCGAACGAAGCUCUCAACCCUCGCGGCAAUGGCGGGGAGCGUCGUUGCACCGCGUGCUCCCCAAUGAUUGCUCCUCUCCGAUCGCCAUUGCCGCCAGCUUGAUCCUUUUCCUUUGUUUUCUGCUACCUAGCUUAGCUUCACCAGUGUACACGAUGACCAACAAUAGCAGCAACAGCAACGACAACGGCACAAACGCGGCGGCGAGCGGCUGGUUAGGCUUCUCGCUGUCGCCUCACAUGGCCUCCGCCAUGGACGACCGCCACCACCACCACGUCCAGCAACAGCAGCAUCAGCAGCAUGGCCUCUUCUUCCCUUCCGUCACUGCCGCUGCCGCCGCGGCGGCCGCCUACGGCCUCGGCGCCGGCGACGCCGUGGCCACCAGCGCGUCGCCGUACUACACGCCGCAGCUCGCGUCCAUGCCGCUCAAGUCCGACGGCUCGCUCUGCAUCAUGGAGGCGCUCCGGCGAAGCGAUCAAGAUCACCACGGGCCGAAGCUCGAGGACUUCUUGGGCGCGGCGCAGUCGCAGGCCAUGGCGCUGAGCCUGGACAACGCCGCCGCCGCCUCGAGCUUGUACUACUACGGCGACGCCGGCGGCGGGGGCCACCACCACGGGUCGUCGUUCCUGCAGCCGUGCGCCGACCUGUACGGCGGGCCCUCGGCGGCCUCGCUGGUGGGCGACGACGAGGCCGCGGCCGCCGCCACGGCGAUGGCAAGCUGGGUGGCGGCGCGCGCCGAGAGCGGCGUGCUGUCCGCCGCGGGGCAGCACCAGCACCACCACGCGCUGGCCCUGUCCAUGAGCUCCGGGUCGCUGAUGUCGAGCUGCGUGGCCGCGCACCCCGGCGAGUACGGCAUGGUGGCCGGCGCCGCGAUGGACGGCGGGCGGAAGCGCGGCGGCGCGGCCGGCGGGCAGAAGCAGCCCGUGCACCACCGCAAGUCCAUCGACACGUUCGGGCAGAGGACGUCGCAGUACCGCGGCGUCACGAGCAGGCAUAGGUGGACGGGGAGGUACGAGGCGCACCUGUGGGACAACAGCUGCAAGAAGGAAGGCCAGACCAGGAAGGGCAGGCAAGUUUACCUCGGCGGGUACGACAUGGAGGAGAAGGCGGCGAGAGCCUACGACCUGGCGGCGCUCAAGUACUGGGGGCCCUCCACGCACAUCAACUUCCCGCUGGAGGACUACCAGGAGGAGCUGGAGGAGAUGAAGAACAUGACGCGGCAGGAGUACGUGGCACACCUCAGGAGGAAGAGCAGCGGUUUCUCACGGGGCGCGUCCAUGUACCGGGGAGUCACAAGGCACCACCAGCACGGGCGGUGGCAGGCGCGCAUCGGCCGCGUCUCCGGCAACAAGGACCUCUACCUCGGCACCUUCAGCACGCAGGAGGAGGCGGCGGAGGCGUACGACAUCGCCGCCAUCAAGUUCCGGGGCCUCAACGCCGUCACCAACUUCGACAUCACGCGCUACGACGUCGACAAGAUCAUGGCAAGCAACACGCUGCUCCCCGGCGACCUCGCGCGCCGCAAGAAGGACGGCGAGGCCCCCGUCGCCGACGACGUCGGGGGCGUCGUCACGGCCGCCGCCGCCGCGCUAGUGCAGGCCGGGAACGGCAGCGCCGCGGACACGUGGAAGGUCGCCGCGGCGCUGGCGGCCGCGCCGAGAGCAGCGGAGCACGCCCACGCCCACCACGACGUGCUCUCCGGCGCGGAGGCCUUCUCGGUGCUGCACGACCUGGUGACCGCCGCGGACGGCGGCGCCGGCGCCGCGCAGCACAUGCCCAUGUCCAGCGCGUCGUCGCUGGUGACCAGCCUCGGCAACUCGCGCGAGGCCAGCCCCGACCGCGGCGGCGGCCUCUCCAUGCUCUUCUCCAAGCCGCCGCCGGCGCAGCACCAGGCGGCCAUUAACAAUAAGCCGAUGAGCCCGCUCAUGCCGCUGGGCUCCUGGGCCUCGCCGGUGUCGGCCAGGGCCGCCGCCUCCGUGUCCAUCGCGCACAUGCCCGUCUUCGCCGCUUGGACCGACGCCUGAUCAGCAGCCCACGACGGCUUCCUCCAUCUCCAUGCGCGCAUCACGCACUUCUUCCCGGUCGCCAUGUCACCGUUUCUCGUGCACGCGUGCGCGCGCGCGUCCGACUCCGACGACCGCCCGGCUGCUUGUCGCCGGCCGGCCGGCCGGCCGGACUUGUUCACUUAGAUAAUUUAGGGCUCUUAGCUAGCUAGAUGGUUGGCAAAGCAGGUUAUUAGUUAGUUAGCCAUGGGGAUCUGAGAUUGGUUAGUCAAGGUAGGUUAAUUAUCGAGGUUACCGAAAGCUAGAGAAUGCACGGCGCGGCCUCCGCUGUUUCCUUCUUCUCCGGAGGAGAAGGGGUUUUGUAAUAUGGAGGCCGGAGAUAAUUAAUGUGCAUCUCCUCCAAAAAAUAUAUAUAUAUAUAUUUCCAGAAACUAAUCCACUACUAAUGUGAUAACGUCUCAGUCACAGCUGAUUGAAUUGGUCA